AUGAAUCGAACAGAAGCUACACCCACAUGGCUCCACGGUCUGAAAGCCGCGUAUGCCGACAGGAAUCUCACGUACGCUGGAACUAGAACUUGGACUGAUCUCUAUCCCGACGUGUUUGAUAGAUCGAACCCGACGGACGCGAAUUUCGUACCAGACUAUAUGAGUGUGGAUGAGGUGGUUAGAAAACACGUCGAGGUCGAAUUGCAAAAUGAUGACUGGGCUGCCCUUGUUCUACACCUAGCAGGGGUUGAUCAUAUCGGGCAUAUUGGAGGACCAGAUAGCCCAUAUAUGAUCCCCAAGGAGCGCGAAAUUGAUAAAUUGGUGCAACAAAUCUUCAACGCUAUCAGUGAAAAGUCAUACCUGCAAAACACCCUAUUCAUUCUUGUUGGAGACCACGGCAUGGACAGCAGGGGAAAUCACGGGGGAUCUCUAGAGAGCGAGAUGUCCGCAGCCUUAGUUUUCAUGUCGCCUGUUUUCCAACGCUUGUAUCCCGGGCAAGAAUCUCCCACUAGGCCUAUCGAGGGAAAUUUCGGCUACCAUAAAUUGAUAGACCAGACAGAUAUCGUACCUACGAUUUCUGGUCUGAUCGGUGUUACAGUGCCCAAGCUCAACUUGGGUGUUGUAAUCCCAGACUUGUUGCCUUUAUGGAAAAACACUCACGAGCACGUCAAUUUGCUGCACCAAAAUGCCGCACAAAUCAUGGCACUUUAUCUAGAUUGGUUAUCAUUAUCUCCGGCGGCUGAUUAUGAGAUUUUUAAUCUUUGGAAAAGGGUAGAGAUCGAGCUGGAUUCAAGUCCAGGGAACGCAUUGAGUGUUUUGUAUGAGGCUGGUGAAAGCCCGUCUCAUCUUGCUGUCCUCAUUCAAGCGUACCUCGAACGCAACACGGUCUUUCUGUGGAUACUAGUUGCUACGACUUAUGCAAUCAGUGGUCACUAUCUGUCGAGUGGGCUUGGGCAAUACGAGGCCAGGAUAUAUUCAGUAUUCCGUUUGUUGCUUCAAGGUCUAGCUUUAGCAGCCUUCCUGUUCAAAUUUUAUUCAACUCUCACCAUCACCCCACAGUUAGUGGCAUUCGCGCCAUUAUGGGUUUAUAAAUCCUCUCAUUACAUUGAUAUUAUUACCUUGUAUAGAGUUCUUGGUGCCGGCCUGAUUUCGGGGAUAGCCUUCGUUUUAUAUAGGGCGAAAAGAGGUUUUAGAAGAGAGGAGAAUAUUGCAGCCUUGACAGAACUUUCAGGUUUAUACUUGAUGACUCAGUCUCGCGUGCACAAUGUACCACUCUUUCUGAUUUACAGAAUCCAGCUUCAACUCUUCGCCUAUAUUCUUGAGAGACCAAAUGUUUUUGGGAUCUCUUUUCUGGUAUCGCUGCUCUCUCAAAGCGCCUAUUCAGCGUUUGGAUACAACAACUCAGUGGCAACAUUGGACAUACCAUUGGGGUUCAAUGGCGUCAAUUAUUGGGUUGCUAGCACCAUUCAACUAAUCCAGUGGCAGCUCUUCAUAACUAUGUGGGCAGGUUCAACUUGGUGGGUGUGUGCCGGACUAGGACUCCUUGCAAAUGCAGAGGACUCGCUGGACAAACCGCCUCAAAAUAGAAACACCUUCAAAACCGAGGAACUCAACGGCCACCAAAACGGAACAACGGCAGAUGCAUCAAAGAAAACUUUCGUUGAAAACGACUCGGUACUCGGACAAGGAAAGUGGACCACCUACUUGGCCUACAUCACUUUGUUUCAAGCCGUGGGUUUGAUUCGGCUCAUUGGCGCAGCUAUUUGGUACAGAGAUGAUCCUGUACUUUGGACUGUGAUCCUACACGCCGCGGCACUUGUGGCCAUGAAACUGAUUCCACACACCACUGUGAAUUGCUUGUUCAGCGGAUUAAUAUGGUUGAAGGCGUAG